AUGGGGAGCGCGAACGAGGACAUCUCCGUCAUGGUGAUUGGAGCUGGCUCCGGCGGACGGCUGAUAGCUCAGGGUUUGCGAAAGACCGGCAUCCCCUGCACCGUCUUCGAGCAGGACGAGAGCCUGGACCAACGGGCGCGCGACUGGGACUUUGGCAUCUACUGGGCGCAGACGCCGCUGGACGCGUGCCUGCCCGCCGACGUGCGCGACCGCAUCCUCACCGCCCAGGUCGACGACGUGACGCCGUCGGCGGACGCCUUCUUCCCCAUGUUCAACGCCGAGACGGGCCAGGUGCUGCACAGGGUCCCGACGCCGUACUACCUGCGGUUGCGGAGGAGGGAGUUUGCCAGGGUUAUGGGCGCCGGGAUCGAUAUUCGUUACGGCAAGCGUCUCGUCGGGAUCGACGCAACAACGUCGUCGUCCGAACCGGGCGGCGGCGGCGUGACGGCGACCUUCGCAGACGGCACGCAGCACACGGCGACGGUCCUCGUCGGGGCCGAGGGCGCGCACUCGCCGGUGCGGGAGUACCUGCUGGGCGGCGACAGGGGCAAGGUGCUGCGGUCGCCCAUCGUCAUGGCCGUCGUGCUGAGCAAGCUGCCGGUCGAGCGGGCGCGGGCGCUGCGGGAGCAGCACCAUCGCGUCUGCAGCUUGUUCCAUCCGAGCGGGACCAUGAUGUGGAUGGGCGUGCACGACGCCUACGGCAAAGGCGACGACCUCGCCGAGGUCGAGUACAUCUUCCUGUGCAGCUGGCGGCAGGAUCAGGGGCCGAUCGAGCUGCCGGACAGCGGGAGCAUCAUCCGCGACAUCAAGCGCCGCGCGCAGGCCUUCGCCGAGCCCUUCUGCAGCGUCGCCGCCGCCAUCGACGAGGGGCGCAAGGCCUGGGCGAACUACCUGCCGUACUGGCCGACGCAGGGCUGGGACGGCCAUCCGGCCAGGGGGAAGGUGACGCUCGCGGGCGACGCGGCGCAUCCGAUGACGCCUCACCGCGGCCAAGGCCUCAACAACGCCAUCCUCGACUGCGACCAAUUCGUCAAGCAAGUCGAGGCGAUGCCAGAGCGCUCGGCAGCAGCUCUGAGGGCAGCCGUCGAACGGUAUGAGGCGGAGAUGGUGGGCCGUGGCAAUGAAGCGGUGCUGAGCAGUCUCGAGAACUCGCUCAUGGUGCACGACUGGGACCGGCUGAUGCAGUCGCAUAUCGUCAGGGUGGGGGUAGCUACGCAGAAGGUUGAUAAGGAGGGGGAGGGGGAUAAGGAGAAGGAGAAGGAGAAGGAGAAGGAGAAGGAGAAGGAGCAGGGGGUGGCGGAUGUUGGUGCUGCUGGUGGGGAAGUGAGGGUUUGA